CAUUAAUGACAAGGAGAUGGAGAAAGUCAAACAAAGUCCCAGGACGUCCUGCGUAAAAACUUUGGCGUCUGCUGCCCGUCGACGGACGUCUGGACCCAAAAAAGGCGGCCAAGAUUGAAGAAGACGCUCUCCAUUGUCUCCCCAGCUGCGGACUCAGGUGACGACGACCCUUCGUCUUUUCUCGCCAGACUCAUAAAAAUCCCCCCAGCUGCGAUGGCUCCCACUUUGGCCACGGCUUUCGCACGCCGCUGGUGGAUGGCGGUGACGGCGGUCAUUGAGAACCUGCUUUUCUCCGCCGUGCUGCUGGGCUGGGGCUCUCUGCUCAUCAUGCUCAAGUCGGAGGGCUUCUAUUCCUACCUGUGCAAAGCACCUGACAGCAACAGCUCCAACGUCAGUCUGUCCAACUCGUCCAUUGUUGAAACGUCUGACGCUGAGGAGUACCUUGAGAUGAACGGCUGGCAAAUCUGCAAGGACCAGGACGAGAUGCUGAACUUGGCCUUCACUGUUGGCUCCUUCCUGCUGUCUGCCAUCACUCUGCCCAUGGGCAUCGUCAUGGACAAGUACGGCCCGCGGAAGCUGCGACUUCUGGGCAGUGGCUGCUUUGCCUUCUCCUGCCUCCUCAUCGCCUACGGAGCAAGUGAUCCCAACAAUCUGUCCAUCCUGAUCUUUUUCGCCUUGGCCAUGAAUGGAUUCGGAGGCAUGUGCAUGACGUUCACCUCUCUAACACUUCCCAACAUGUUUGGAGACCUGAGGUCGACCUUCAUCGCACUGAUGAUCGGAUCUUAUGCCUCUUCUGCAGUCACUUUCCCCGGCAUCAAGGUGAUCUAUGACCUGGGGGCCACCUUCAUCUCCAUCUUGUUGGUUUGGGCUGGGUGUGCCUGCCUGGUCUUCUUCAACUGCUUUGUCAACUGGCCUCUGGAGCCCUUCCCCGGCCCAGAGGACAUGGACUUCACAGUAAAGAUCAAGUUCAGCUGGUUGGGAUUCGACCACAAGAUCACAGGGAAGCAGUUUUACCGGCAGGUGACGACUGUGGGGCGUCGUCUGAGUGUGGGCAACUCGCAAAAGCAGCAAUACUUGCCGCCCAAAACCCUCGCCUCCCAAGACGCCAGCAAGGUGUGCCUGUCCACCGUCGACCUGGAGGUGACAUGCAAGUCUCCGCAGCAAACUCAAUCAUUCAUGAAGAGCGUGCUGAGCCCCAUCUUCCUCCUGAGCCUUAUCACCAUGUGUGUGACCCAGCUGCGUCUCAUCUUCUACAUGGGUGCUAUGAACACCAUCCUAGAGUCCCUGACGGAGGGAGACCUCACAACAGUCAGCACAUACACGUCCAUCUUUGGCGUACUGCAGCUAUUGUGUCUGGCAACUUCCCCUGUGAUUGGCUACGUCAUGGACUGGAGGCUCAAAGCCUGUGAGGAUGAAAAGGACAAGAGUAUUGUGAGGGAGCCUGGUCAGCCUCGCCGCCCAGACAAAAAGAUUCAGAAAAUCGUCAACUCCACCCGAGCCUUCGUCUUUACUAACCUACUGCUGGUUGUCUUUGGAUUCACUUGCAUUGUCCCCAACCUUCCCCUUCAGAUUCUGUCCUUCAUACUGCAUACAAUUGUGAGGGGCUUCAUCCAUUCUGCUGUUGGAGGCCUCUAUGCUGCUGUUUACCCGUCCUCUCAGUUCGGCAGCCUGACAGGCAUGCAGUCUCUGAUCAGCGCUCUGUUUGCCCUGCUCCAGCAGCCUCUCUUCAUGGCUAUGGUGGGACCCCUGGAGGGAGACCCCUUAUGGGUGAACGUGGGCCUUUUGGCGCUGAGCUUGCUGGGAUUUUGCCUGCCCUUGUAUUUGCUGUGCCACAGCCGCACCCUCCAGCGCCUCAGAGACGAGAUGGACGAAGACCCAAAGAUCUAUGUCCAGAUGGACAACGGUACCAAGACUGAGGCCUUUGUGUAGAGCAAGAACGUGACAAGGAAGGAGGAUGUGUUACAUAAACUUGAUAAAGAGAAGACAAGAUGGUAGUUAGGAGUCGAGGAGGUCACUCCAUUCCAUCUUGGACACGCACACUUUCUUCACCGACACUGUUGUUACUGCCAUCAGGAUUUCCUGCACCACUGUGAGAAAAAGGGACACGCUAAGACACAUUUUGAGCCCUCUGCUGGAACGAAUGCGUCACUGACCUGAGCAGUACCGAGAGAGCAACAGUGCCAACUUCCUUCUCCGAACUCUUUGCACCAUCACAUUCUGCUUUGCAUCCUUAUUGUCCCGCCUAACUAAAAACGAGGAGGUGUGUUACAAACGUUGUCGCCUCAGGUCCGGGACCGGUGCUUUCGUACAGAACUUAAAACACAAGAGUUCAUUCUCCUCAAGUGGUGACGUCAAGUGAUGUAGUGGCUCGUGCUUAAGGGCAUUAUAAAGUCAGUAUCAGUAGCAAUUCAGUGGCGUUCAAAUCAGCAUAGAUGGCUUAGUCCAGUGUGAGAGUAUGAAACUGGUUUCACUGCAUGCCGCUCAUACACUCUGCUGGAAUAGACACAGCACGCCCUCUCUCUGUGUGUGUGUGUGUGUGUGUGUGUGUGUGUGUGUGUGUGUGUGUGUGUGUGCUCAACGUCACCAGAUCCACUUCUUAGUAUGUGCUACAUAUCUUUUUACACAUGCUGUAUCGCUGCUUCUAUGUGGUGGCUUUUGAGAGAAGUGGACGCUGGAGGUCAAUUGGAAGCGUGCAGGCUCCGCCGUAGCAAUAAGUGCCUCUGUGAGAUGCCAGACACAAUCAGGCUUAAAGCGAGUACUUACGUCAUAAGUACACUGGGCACUUCCACUCAGCAUUGUGGGUGCAUAAGUGCGUUCACACGGAGAAGUAUGGCCAAAUGGUGAGUGUGCAGUGAUAGACGCUUAGCCAUCCUCAAUAUUCGUCAUCUUGGCUAAUGUGAGGGAUUAACUCGGGUGGUUGCAAUUCAUAAUUAAAAAGGAGAGAAUAACCUAAAUAAGGACCUGCUCAGUGGCUUUGUGGUUAGAGUGUUUGCCCUGAGACUGGAAGGUCGUGAGUUCAAACCCAUACCAAAGACUAUAAAAAUGGGACCCAUUACCUCCCUGCUUGGCACUCAGCAUCAAGGGUUGGAAUUGGGGGUUAAUUCACCAAAAUAAUUCCAGAGUGCGGCCACCGCUGCUGCUCACUGCUCCCCUCACCUCCCAGGGGGUGAACAUGGGGAUGGGUCAAAUGCAGAGGAUAAUUUCACCACACUUAGUGUGUGUGUGUGACUAUCGUUGGGACUUUAACUUUAACUUAACUUUAAUGCUGCGUUCCAUUUACUUUGCAAGUUAGAGCUGAGAAUGACGUCACAGCCAUGUUACGGAAGUCAGAAAACGAGAUGGCCUCACGAAAGCUAUAAAAAAGAAACACAAAGAUGUCAUUGUUUGCGAUGUAGUGUGCACACACCAAAAUGGAAAAAUUUAAUUUCCAGAAACAUUUCCCACAUUGCAACGCAUACGGCUGAUUUUGUGCAACAAAACUAGUCAAACAUGCUGAUAACGGCGAUGACAGGAGCUUUUAUUAUGAUUGACACUCAGAGCAGCCCUUUUUGAAAGUGGUGCGGAUUCUCUGACUUCGGACCAGCAACUGGGAAAUUCCGACAUUCCAGUGCAAAUGGAAUGGAGCAUAAGACGAAAAAGCGGGUAAAAAAUGUUUUUGUCACUUCCAAAUUGCUGUUCGUAUUCAUUCUGAUUCUAAAUUUUCAAAAAUCGAUAUAAAAACAAAACAAAAAAGUUUUUUUUUUUUAAAUUCUGAAUCAAUUUUAUAUUAUAGGUCAACAACGAAAAAGGAGGUUUUGUAACCUGAAAACCUUUUUGAAAAGGUUUUAUUAUGAUUAUUAUAGCAAAUAAUACAUUGCGAGAAUCGAUUUGAAUCGGGAAUCUAUUCUGGAUCAAAUUGUAAUCCCAAGAAUCGGAAUCAGCUCGAAAAUUCUCACCUAAAGUAGAAAGUGUGACGACAGUGAUGAAUUUGGAACACCACACCAAAGAGUACCGAUUUGAAACACAGCUUAUUGUUUACCCAAGUCUUCUUAUUCUCCCAAAUCCUUUUCAAUGUGAAUUGCAACCACUCGAGUUAGCCCUCCCUCUUCCGCUACGACUGUCGAUUAGUUUUUUUGAUUUUAGUAACAAAGUAAUGCUCUCUUCCAGAUCAGUAGUAAAACAGCAUGCAACUGUAACAUUUUCAUUAUUAUCCAUCGGGGAACAAUAUUGUAGGUGUAAGAAAAUAUGCUAGAGAAAUAAUUAAGAUUGAGAGAGAAGUAGAAAGAAAAAUCUCUUAUGGAUAUUUUCUUAAGUAGUUUUUAAAAAUGUCUGCACACUGCACACUCACCAAUUUGACUGUUUUUAAAUUCAACAGCUGUGCUGUACAGAUAAUUAAAAAGUACUGCAACAUUACAACAAAUAACUGUGAAGAUUACAAUACCUUUAUAUUUCACAGUAAAAUACUGCAAUCAUAACCCUCUAUAAUAUCACAACACAUUAGUGUAAAUUCAAACUGUUAGACAUUACAAUUGUGAAGGUACAGCAUUUAUGUGAACCGGUAACUUUGUUGUAAUUAACUGUAAAAUCACAGCUCUGGAGUUACAGUAAAUUGCUGUAAUGAUAUUUCACAGUGAAUUACUGUGAAAGUAAUGCAAUUAUUUGCUGUGAAUUUACAAUGAGCAUUUUUACAGUGUGGGCACAAACAUUUAUUUCUGCUCAUAUUCAUUUUAAUGUGAUUUAACACAGUUAAAGGCCCCUUUUUCAGUGAUUAAAAAAAAAAAAGGGAACACUUUAAUAAAUACGUAGGAUACGUACAUAAUAAGGCUGAAUAGUCCAGAGAAAAAUGAAUAUGGUGAAGCUCCCCAGUAACUCACACAGGCACUUCCAAAGGCAGCCACCAUCCUAAGAGUGCCUCCUGUGUCCAAAUGAUGGAAGAUGUGGAUUUAGACAUUGUCUAAUUUCCUUUUCCAUCCACCCAAGUGCAUCUGCAAAAAAAAAAAAAGGACAGGAGCCUGAGCUGAGAGACACGUCUCGGCCUUUUUUGGAUGCUUCUGACGAAUGGUUAGAAAUGAAUGGCACGCGAUGCACUUUAGACCCGACUCAUGUAUUUCUGAGUUGUAAAGACCAAUGCUGGUGCUGCACUAGAAUGUCAGCAGAGAGAAAUCCUCAUUUUUUUAAAUUUUUUUUUACAACAUAUGUCUCAUUACAUUGUGUUUGUGUGCAGGACACAAUGUGAGUCUUGUCUCUCAGCUCAAGAAUGUCCAUGAAAGACAAAUCAAUUUUUUUGAGUGAAUGGGACUGCAUGGAAUACUGUAAGUUAGUACACUUUUUAUUCAUAGGCCAUUCAUUCUUGACAGAAAAAGAGUUGGAUUACGGAGAAAUUCCACUUGUUUGUUGUGUGAGAUCUUUAUCUACAACGAGCAACAGGUCAUUUUUACACUGUUAUUCACAUCAAACCGACGUGUACUCUGCUAAGUUGUAUCAUACAUCACGUGUGGAAAGCAGUCACAUGCACGUCACACUUCACAGAAACAUGUUGGUUAUUAUGAUAGUCAUGUUUCGUACGGCAUAACUGUUCUUUAUUUAAUUUGCCUUGAAACGUGAUGUGUUGUCAGGUUAUAGCCCAAACCACUCACCCAGGUGUAUACCAUUAUGUCCCGGGUCUGAUGUAUUUAACUGAGCCUGAUGACUCUGUAGUCAAACUGAUUGAUUGAUGCAUAGAUCAAGGUGCCAUCUCUCCACAGCUUCUUGUCUAACCAUGUGACAGGAAAUGGGGAUUUUAGUUCAUCCGCUGACAUGGAAACAUUUGUGUCCGUUUCAUUGGGAUUUUUCCUCACUUGUUUACGAAAAUGUAUUUUUAUCUUCUUGUUGUAUAUUUUGUUUUAUUCUUGUAUCGCGGUCUGAGACAUUGUUGUUGUUAAAAUCAUGUUUUGAGAAACAUUAUGAAUAUAGGAAAACAAUAAAACAUUAUUUGUA